GCUGCUGUGAUCCUCAACGUCGAAGCGACUGCGUGAAGUGGCGUUCUUCUACCCAAAAAGGGCAAACCGAAUAAGUGCUUAGAGUAGACCGGAAAGUAAACCGGAAAUAGUGCGUGCGUGCAAGGCCAGGACGUUCUAGCGAUCGAAUGACCCGGCAUGACGUUCAAGGAAUGGUUCGCGUUGCUCCUGUUCUACGCAGCGUACCUGUUUCUGGGCGCCAGCGUGUUCUAUCAUGUCGAAAACGACCUGGAAACGGAACGCCGAGCCAAGGAGCUGGCCGAGAGGAUCGAGAUUAACGAAAUGCUCGUCAAAUAUCUUUCCCCUGAGGAUGCGAGCCUACAGCGCGAGCUGAUCGGGCAGCUGGACGAAUACUGCAAGCGAAGCGUGACGAACUACACCGAGGACGAGUACGUUCCGCCCUACGAUUGGGAUUUUUACCACUCGUUCUACUUCGCGUUCAUCAUAUGCUCUACCGUCGGGUACGGCAACAUCUCACCGCACAACACAUUCGGGAGAAUAUUCUUGAUCUUCUACGCCCUCAUCGGUCUGCCCGUGAAUGGGUUCUUCUUCGCGUACGUCGGCGAGUUUUUCUCCCGCGGGUUUGUCCGGCUUUACGAGCGCUACAAGGCGUACAAGCUGUCGGCCAACGCCGGCUACGUGCCGCGGAGGAUCAACUUGAUCGGACAGAUCAUCCUGUACCUUAUACCGGGUGUGAUCAUCUUCAUCUUCGCGCCGGCCUGCGUGUUCAGCUACUUCGAGCAGUGGCCGUACGAUGUCUCGGUGUACUACUCCUUCGUGACGCUGACGACGAUCGGGUUCGGCGACUUUGCGGCCUCGUUUCAGUCCUCCCAGCCGCACGAGUUCGGCGACCUGUUUACGGUCUACCAGAUAUUCAUCAUCCUGUGGUUCUUCACCGGGAUCGGAUACAUUUUCAUGAUACUCGGAUUUAUUGCCAAGGGUAUUUCGCAUAAAAAGAUUCAGCGGCUAGAGAAGGCGCUAGCAUCGAAUCUGAUCGAAACUCAGUCGCGCGUCUGGAACGGUGUUACCAAAGAUAUAAGCUACCUGCGGAAAAUCCUGAACGAAGUCUACAUGCUGAAGUUCAAGCCCGUGUACGACGAGCCCUGGGAUCGCUGGCAGAGCGCGGUCUGCAAGGGUAGGUCCGCCUCCUGUCCGGAGCUUUCCUUGUACCGGUCACCGUCAUCGCCAACCACUCGGCGGCGGCGCGCCAACUCGGAAAGUGCUGUCACGCUGGCGGACCGGAAGUUAACCGGACCGGGGUCGCUGGUGCGCCGGCUUUCCGAUACGGACCUGCAGCGGAUCAACCGCGAGAAGACGUUCGGUGUGCAGGCGUUGGUGCAACCGGCCGAGCUGUUGGCGCGUGUCGUGACGGCCCUCGGCAACAUCACCGCCAGCCCGGACGAUGACCAGAGCAUCCUGGAGCGAGCGUCCCUGAACGCCGGUGUCAACUGCUUCUCCGACUCGCAGAUACUGGCCAGCGAGCGGACCUGGUCGGGCUGGUCGAUCAAUGGGUCCGACAAGAGCGCCUACCUCACGGCGCCGCCCAUGAUGAGACCGAGGGCAGCGUCCGACAUAGGAAUGCAGCUUCACGUGCCGCCAGAGGACGCCAACGAGUGGACGUGGAGCGGAGGCGAUAAUAGCCAGAUUCAGCAGAUCAUGCAGAUCCGCCAGAAGGUGAAGCAAAAGGAUAACCUGCUCCGUGCGGCCCUGUCGAAGAAUGCGCCGUACGGGUCGAACCUCACGAUAAACGUUCCGCCAAUGCUCGCCGAGGAAGGCAAAACGGUGUCAACGGUCAACCGGGGCAUGCUGCAACGGCUUAAUCCGUUCCGCAAGCGGUCAACCGCGACCGAUAAGGCCCCCCGGUUGGACGUGGAGGCCGGUCCGGGUGGGCUGGAAGCGUACCUGUCGGCGAGCAUCAAGGGCCGACGAUCGAUGUUCAACCUACCGACCAGUUCGUAUCUGACGACGACAUCGCGCGGCCGAGCCAGCAUCCUGUCGAUGCCACCGCAGCACGAGGAGCUGCUCGAAACCACCACGAUCGGUGAUCUGCUGAGGGCGCUGGAGCUGGUGCACCAGGAAGCCGUGGCACCGAGCAACACCUCGAACCGCCGGAACCGAGGCAGCUUCGCUUACAGCGACGGUUCACCCGGACGUCAGCGGAAAGCACCGCCGCUGACCGGUCAGACGGCCGUGCCUUCGUUGCUGACCCUGUUCACGCCUCCGAUCGAGCCAGGUUCACGACGGGGCUCGCUGAAGCCUCCCCUCGGUAGGGCGGGCAGUGCGGAGCUACCACCGGCGGUGAUACGGAGAUCCUCGAUCCGUCCACCGACGGGUGGCGGUGGCCCUGCGCUCGCCGCGGUUGCACCAACACCCAAGCCCAGUCGGCGUCGGUUCAGUGUGCGACCAUCGAAUCUGGCCUAUCCGCCGGGACACUGUCCACGUCCGGUCGGUCCCGAGCAACUGGGAACCCCGUACCUGAACUCGUCCUCCCAGUCGCUCCACAAUCUGCCGACGACGACACUGCAGCGGCGGCUCUCGGCCCGACCGAGUCCCCUGGCCACCGCCGGCCAGUUGCCGGCCCAGCUGAUGGUGCCAUCGGCGGUGGGAGCCGCACCCGCAAGCCCGUACCGCUGGAGGCCGAGCUUGAGUCGGUCGGAUUCGGACCAAUCGGCCGUGCCGAUCGGUCAACCGGUUAAUCCUAUCCCUCGCAACCGGCACAGCAGCCUAUCGAAUCUUUUCGACAGACGCUAGACAGAACGGGGCGGUUCAGGACGAUCCAGGGACCAAGGGCGCCAGACGUGGGAACGUAUCAGUAUUGUCGCCAGCGGAAAAAAGAAAGGUUGUUUACAUAUUCGUUGUUAUUUAUUAAGCCCCAGUCGUUGCCAUUCGUGAAAACAUCCAGUCAUUAGUGAGGUAGUAAGGUAGCUAGCAGACGUGGUGCAGGCUGGUUUGGCGACAAAGUGGCGUGACGAUGGUAGGAAAUGUUCAAAGUUCAAGUCGCUGCUUGAACAGAUAUUCGGUAGUGCGGCAAUGUAUUAUGACUCA